UGAAGCAUGAGAAAUAAUAAAAUUAAAUAAUUAAUGUGUUUCCUGUGCAAAUACCAUUCAAAUAUAAGAUAAAUAUAAUAUUUGUCAUAUCUUAGUGUACGUGUGUGAUAAAAGAUUACGAAAAAUAAUUGAAUAUUAUAUGAACAUAGUGUUUGUUCUCUUAUAGAAGAGUAAAUAAGAGAAAAAAAGGAAAUUUUACGCCCACAAUUGGAUGUACAUUAGUUACAUUUUAACUACAUCAUUCCUAAGAAAAAGAUUAAAUGAAGCAGAUUCUGCUAAAAUGAGGAAUAUCUUCUAAAUGAAUCACCCGAAAAGAAAAUGUAAAGUCAAGUAAAAGUCUAUAGUUAGGAAAGUCUUACACACAAUCAAAAAACGUGUGGCACGAAAAGAUGUCAAAUAGUCAUUCGGGGACAAUUGGGCGACAACGAGGUCUUUCGACAAAUGGUCAAGUACGACGUCAACGAUCCAUCGAGUGGCAAAAAGAGCGCCGUUACAGCAGUAGCGACGAUGAAGUACCAAAAAGCGGAUCAAAUGGCGCUUCCCGAAGGGCAAAUAACUUCGCAUCCGAUGCGACAACAGCAGCUGACAGCUCCAUUUUGGCACAACUUAUCGCACAAACGCAACAAUUGACCAAUCAAGACAGAUCCUAUCGCUCUGAUUGCGAUAAUGAAGAUGCUGUUAGUAGCACGGGAAUAAUUACAGCAGAAAAUGGCACAUCAUCUUCAAUAACGAAUAAUCGAUCGCCAUUACAUUACCGGCAAGCAUCUCCAUUUCCCUCAGAAGCAACCAACACAAGAAGACUGCAUUACACAUCAAAAGCGGAAGAGCGCAUCCGAAAUGGCGAUUCAAUUUUCUCCGCUGGAAAGCCUGCUUUGCUUGCCAACAACACUCUUAUAAGGACAUCACGCCAGUUUACGAAUAAUCGACGGCAUAACAAUCUCACAUCAUCCAGCAGCACAAUAUCCUCCGUGAGCAACAACAACAACGACCGCGACAAGGAAUACAAGGAACUAAUUAAGGACAAAGACAAAGAUCUUUAUGACAAUCCACAUAAUCGCUAUUUAUUAAAUAAUACAGAUGGAGAUGAUGAACCUCCGCCUGAGCCUGCUCCGCCAGAAGUGCCUCCGCGAGGACACUCCAUGCAAACACUUCCGAAGAAACGUUCUGAAUUCGUCUUGACUAUCGACAAAAAUGGCGACCAAAAGCACGAAGAAUACAUUCCAGCAAAUCAGCAAGAAUUUUUCGUUGGGUUGAAUGGAAGCACGUAUCCAAAUAGAUCACCGAACACAAAUGAAGCAACUAAUCAAAGACUGGGUCCCCCAAGUCAACAACAGGGCACGUUAGGACACAAUAGUAGUACAGGAGGAUCACACAUUGGAGGAUCGUCUCCGCUUGUGAUGCCCGUUUUUCCAUUGAGGACAUCUCAUUCAGCACACACACCGCAUUAUUCACCUUAUUCGCCAUCGAGGUUUCAGAUAGACAAGAGAUGUCAACAUCGAUGCUCAUGGAAGUGUUUUAGUAUUGCCUUAAUUUUAUUAGCUGUUGCACUAACAGCGAUGCUAGCUUAUUUUGCUGCAGUAAGUUCAAUGAAGCCAAAUAUCGAUCCAGCCAAUUGUAUUCUAGUCCAAGAUCAAAACAACGUGCAACACGAUGGUCAGCAGCUACUUGUAACAGAUGGGCAUGGUUUACCGACGGGCAUGUCGCAAUUACCUACAGAAGAAUCUCUCGCAACAAGUACAUCGCAAGAUCAUAACGCGCAAUUUACGACGCAGCAGCAAAACGUGCCAACGUACCAACAACUGCCUGGCGAUCCGCAGGCUCAGCAAUCGCUAACGCAACAGCAGCAAAAGCCUUCGUCGCCUGCCUCAAAAUGGCCCCAAACGAUAGAACUAAAGGAAUUCAAUCAACCUCAUCACACGACAAUUCCGCCAUAUCAAUUUUGGAGCGCAGAAUUUCGCAACAAGCAUCCGGCGUUCAUCCAAUUCAACUUGACUUUGCCAUGGGGUGCCAAUUUUGCCGUUUACGGAAGACGAAACGUUGCUCCAAGCAUUACACAAUACGACUUUGUGGAAUUCGUGAAGGGAGGACGUGUUGAUCAUCGAUUCCGAAAACGUCGUAGACGAAAUGUCGUUGACGAUAUUGCUGAAGAAUACGAACAAGUUCGUGAGAUUUUAGCUGAUGGAAAAUACGAUCGAGAAGAACAACGCGAACCGAGAACACUUUCGGUACAACAAAGCUUUAUCUCUGCUAUCUCUGAUAUGGAUCCCGAUACCGAAGCACACAUCAUUGCGAAACGCUCUUCCGAUGGCUUGCCAAAAAUCGAUAUGGAAACCAUGAUGGUAAAUGUAACAAUUUUACAGUAUUUGGAUACGGGACGAUGGAUUUUGUCGUUAUACAAUGACGAAUUGGUAGCGCACAAGAUUACAUUGACAGUUGGCGAAGCAGAGGGCGUCAGCACAACGUGCCCAAACGAUUGCAGCGGGCGUGGUUCCUGUUAUCUCAGCAAAUGCGAUUGUAAUGAUGGAUACAAAGGACCCGACUGUUCCAUAAGUGUUUGUCCUGUUCUUUGCUCAUCUCAUGGGCAUUAUGGCGGGGGAGUUUGUCAUUGCGAAGAAGGUUGGAAAGGCGCCGAAUGCGAUAUUCCAGCACACGAAUGUGAACUACCCGGAUGCAACAAUCAUGGGCGUUGUAUUGAUGGCGAUUGUCAUUGCGAACGUGGAUGGAAGGGACCAUUUUGCGAUCAACCCGAUUGCUUGGAUCCAGCAUGUUCAGGGCAUGGAACGUGCGUAUCGGGUCAAUGCUAUUGCAAAGCAGGUUGGCAAGGUGAGGAUUGCGGAAAUGUCGAUCAACAAGUGUAUCAAUGUCUCCCUGGAUGUUCAGAUCAUGGCACAUAUGAUCUUGAAUCCGCUACUUGUGUUUGUGACAAACAUUGGACCGGCGCAGAUUGUUCCCAAGCUGUUUGUAGCUUAGAUUGUGGUCCAAAUGGCGUAUGCGAAAAUGCACGAUGCAAAUGUAAUCAAGGUUGGACUGGAAGUUUGUGUGAUCAGUUAACUUGUGAUCCGAGAUGCGCUGAACAUGGACAAUGCAAAAAUGGAACAUGCGUUUGCUCUCAAGGAUGGAAUGGAAGACAUUGCACAUUGCCUGGAUGCGAAAAUGGAUGUUCACGUAAUGGCCAAUGCACCUUAGAGGAUGGCGAAUACAGGUGUGUUUGCAUUGAAGGCUGGGCAGGAUCUGAUUGCUCAAUACCGCUUGAAACGAAUUGCAAAGAUAACAUAGACAACGAUAACGAUGGCAUGACGGAUUGCUCCGAUAGCGAAUGCUGUGCCCAUCCGAGUUGUACAGACCAUAUUAUGUGUCUUGCUUCCAAUGAUCCUGUCGAAGUUUUGUUCCGUAAACAACCGCCUUCAGUUACAGCAAGCUUUUACCAACGCGUAAAAUUCCUAAUUGAGGAAAAUUCGGUACAAUCGUACGCUCACAUGGAUGAAUACAGCGAAAGCGAGUUUUGGAACUCCUUUACACCGUGUCGAGUAUCCGUAAUGCGAGGACAAGUUGUUACACCGCAAGGACUUGGUAUCGUCGGUAUCCGUGUGUCAGUCGAUCGUGAUUCACGCUUUGGCUUUACUCUAACACGACAAGGAGGAUGGUUUGAUGUACUCGUGAAUGGAGGCGGUGCAGUGACGCUUCAAUUUCAAAGAUCGCCGUUUCGACCUCUUACACGAACAGUUUUUGUUCCUUGGAAUCAGAUUAUUGUUUUGCCGCCAGUUCAGAUGCAAUUAAGCGAUGAUUUACUUGCAAAGAAUGUCAAAAUAACUCCUCCAAAUCCUGCACUAAGUUUCUUAAACGCUUCGCAAUACAACUUUGACGAUAAUGACGAUGCAACAAAGGCAAUUUGCGCAGAUCAUGAUCAUGAAUUGUUGAAACCUCAAUUAACGAAUACCUGGAUGCCAAACGCUGUUGGAGAAAUGCCCGGACAGAGCAUUAUCUUUGCUGAAACUCAGAUUGUGCAAGAAUCCGUACAAAUCCCCGGAUCUGAUUUGCAUUUGACAUAUCAAUCAUCUCAGGCGCCUGGCUACUUAAGUAUAGUACACAUGCGGUUAACCAAGGAGACAAUUCCCGCAACAUUAACGCAUGUGCAUGUUGGUGUUGAAAUUGAAGGUUCUCUGCACGUGAAAACAUACGAAGCAGAUCCAAAUCUUACACACACAUUUGCUUGGAACAAACGCAAUGUCUACAAACAAAAAGUAUAUGGCGUUGGUUUAGCACGAAUUUCAAUCGGAUACAAGCAUUCUACAUGUAAAGAUAUCAUUUGGGAAACGGAAACCGCCAAGCUUCAGGGAUUUGAUGUUGAUAUUUCUGACAUUGGAGGAUGGGGCUUGGAUAUUCAUCAUCAUUACAAUUUCUAUGAAGGCAUUUUACAAAAAGGAGAUGGCAGUACGUUACAUUUAAAAGAAUUCCCUCGGAUAAUUAAGACAAUUAUGGGAACAGGACAACAAAGACCAUUGAAUUGUAAGGAUCAUUGCAACGGAAUUGCAAAAGAUGCAAGAUUAUUGACGCCUGUUGCACUUGCAUCAGGUCCCGAUGGAAGUCUAUUUGUGGGUGACUUUAAUCUCGUACGUCGCAUUACGCCUGAUGGUCGAGUAUUGACAGUUUUACAACUUUCGACGACUCAAGUGUCGUAUCAGUAUUAUUUAACAGUAUCUCCCGCCGAUGGAUAUCUGUACAUAUCUGAUCCUGAGAAACAUCAAGUACUCAAAGUAAUGGCUGUGGAUAAAGUUAUGGAUCCAACAAGCAAUUACGAAGCCGUUGUUGGUAGCGGGCAACGUUGUAUUCCAGGUGACGAGCAAAAUUGCGGAGAUGAUGGACCCGCAUUAGAAGCACGAUUAUCGCAUCCAAAAGGCAUUGCUAUUGCUGCAGAUAAAACAAUGUACAUCGCUGAUGGAACGAAUAUUCGUGCUGUCGAUUCAAGAGGAAUAAUUCACACGUUAAUAGGACAUCACGGGCAUCAUAAUCAUUGGAGUCCUGUACCAUGCAAAGGCGCUAUUCAAGCAAGUCAGGCACAAUUGCAAUGGCCAACAGGUUUGAGUUUGAAUCCGUUAGAUGGUUCAUUGCACUUCAUCGAUGAUCGAUUGGUAUUGAAAUUAACGUCAGAUAUGAAAAUUAAAGUUGUAGCGGGUGUUCCAUUGCAUUGUAACUCGAAUGCUGAUAAAAAUAAGACGACAGAAGAUGUAUUGGGAACUGUAUUGGCGAUGGCAUUUGCGCCUUAUGGCGACUUGUAUAUUGCAGAUAGCGAUUCUCGUAGAGUUAAUUCCAUACGGGUGCUUGAUACAACGGGAACAAUGCGCUCAUUUGCAGGACGACAAGAAAAUUAUGGUAGUCAAGCGUGUGAUUGUGCACCAACUAAUAACAGUAAUUAUUCGACAACAAUGCCUUCGAAUACUGUCGGAGGAGCGUCAACAAAGUUAAACAGCAGUAGCAAAGGAAAUCCGGAUGUAGUUGCUGCAAUGAUGGCAAAUGCUGGAACAGUGAAUGGUUGUAUUUGUAACGGUGUAAACGCAGGUACAGCUGCGUUUAACAACAACAAAAAGGAUAAUGGAGGAAAAGUUACGUCAGAGACAAUUUUGUCAUCUAACACAAAGUUCCAAGCAAUAUCCGCUAUUGCCGUCGCACAAGAUGGAGUUGUGAAUAUUGCAGAUCAAGGUUCUCUUCAUAUUCUUGCUUUGCAACAUUAUCUACCAAAUCAUGAUCAAAACACAGAGUUCCAAAUUCCUUAUCCGCCUUCCAAUGAAAUUUAUGUUUUUAAUCGUUAUGGACAACAUGUCGCUACGAAGGACCUAACUACAGGAAAAACUCGUUACAGCUUCCUGUAUAGCAAAAAUACGAGUUUUGGAAAAUUAUCAACCGUAACCGAUAGUUCUGGCAACAAAAUUCAAUUCCUCCGUGACUACAGUAAUAUUGUAAGCUCUAUUGAAAACACACAAGAUCAUAAAUCUGAGUUGAAAAUAUCGCCGAACGGAUUGCUGAUCAAAAUUUUAGAAAAAGGAAAAUCUACAGUUCAAUUUGAAUACGACAGUAAUACGGGACUUAUGAACAGUCGAAGCGGAGGCGGCGAAACAUUCAUUUAUCGCUACAACGAAUUUGGGCGUGUUAUUACGACAAUUUUGCCAAGCGGAGAGUCAAUUGAUAUUACAUCAACGUUGGCGCAAGAUUUGGGACUCGGAGUGACAGUUAGAGCACACAUACAAUCAAUUUUUUCGCCUGCCAAGUCGGAAAAGACUGAUCUACUGCUGAGCGGGGGAAUUAAGAUGAUGACAAUGACAACAGGAGAAGAAAUCACGAAAGCCAUGAUAAGCAUGAAUAAUAAUACACUUUUAAUUUCGUCACCGAAUGGAGUAUUGUUGAACGCAGCAGCAAUUUCUCGUCAUCCACUCUUAGAUAAAUCUAUGCCAACAGAAGCUCAAAUGUUGCCAAUGUGGUCUCAUCAAAACAUUGCAAUGGGCGACAGUCUUAUAAAUCAAAUGUACUCGUCGUUCAAUUUGAUCGGCGGUGACGCACGAAAUCCUCAACAAAUUGUCAAUCGUGAAAUUUGGGUAAACAAUUCUCGUGUACUCGGCAUCGAGUUUGAGCAAUUCGUGAAUCGUCAAAUAUACUAUGAUAAAGAUCGAGAGCCGAUUUUGACUGUAACUUUUGAUCAAAGUGGCUUACCUCAAUCCUAUCGUCCCGGAAAUGGCGGAUAUCCAUUAAAUUUAACAUACGAUCGGUACAAUCGUAUUGAAGGUUGGAGUUGGGGACCCGCAGAACUCAAAUAUACUUACGAGCGACAUGGAUUACUUUCAGAAGUUACAAGUCAGCAAGAUGGUACUGUCUCGUAUAUUUAUAAUGACAACAAUUUGAUAUCAGAAAUUGGUUUAGCAAGUCAGAGAAAAUUCCUACUCGGAUACGAUACGGAUGGCGGAUUGAAAUUUGUCAAAUUACCGAGUGGUACAAAACAUUUGUUCAGCUAUCAGCCCUCAAUUGGAUUUAUAAGAGCAACAUAUACUCCGCCAGGCAGUACAAAGCCCUAUUUACAGCAUUAUUCGUAUUCAGGAGCUUUACUACAAACAGUAUUUCCGGGAGACGGUGCUCGCAUUAUAUAUCGUUACAACAAUAUUGGAGAAUUGUCAGAAGUUUUACAUGGAGACGGAAAAACAGAAUUUACAUAUAACAUGGCAACUGGACAACCAAAUACCGUGAUUCACACAGAACGCGAUCUCGAGUAUCAAUGGGAUUUUGAACACGUGAAUGGACUUCUCGUCGAAGAGCGUAUCGACUUUAUCGCUAAAGCUGGCUUAAGUAAUGCCAAGUUUACGUAUGAGUAUGAUACAAAUAUGCGAUUGACACAAGUUGCUGGGCGUAUUGGCGGCACAAACUUGCCAAGUUUAAUAUACACAUAUAAUACAAAAACGGGUAAUUUGCAACAAAUUGGUGCAUUUAAGGUAAACAAGCCCAAAUUCAAUGUCACAACUGUAUUUGAUGGCGUUGCUAUGUUCUCUCGAACGAUCGACGGGCGUUUCCUCGAAACUCAACUCUCCGUUACAGUUCAUCGAAUGGAAGUUUUCCGCAUGGAAUUCUCACACGAUGUACAUGGUAGAAUUUCACAAACGAGAACAUACACAAAGAAUGUUGGCGUCAAUACUUAUACAAAUAUUAAAAAUUAUACGUGGGAUUGUGAUGGACAAUUGAUUGGCGUUGAAGCACAAGAACCAUGGGGUUUCCGUUAUGAUGACAAUGGAAAUAUGUUGUCACUUACUUAUCGAGGUAAUACAAUUCCAAUGGAGUAUUCCGCUAUGGAUAGAAUUGCCAAAUUUGGCGAAGGUCAAUACAAAUACGAUCCACGCGGUUUAGUUGCACAAAAUGCACGAGAAGAACGUUUCCAUUACAACACUCAAGGGUUGCUCGUACGUGCAACGAAACGAGGUCGUUUUGAUGUACGUUACUAUUAUGAUCAUUUAAAUCGUCUGACAACACGAAAAGAUAACUUUGGAAAUGUUACCCAAUUCUUCUACAAUAAUCACGAACGUCCACACGAAGUCAGUCAAAUCUAUUCACCGCGUGAUGGAAAGCUCAUGACGCUUUUGUACGACGAUCGUGGGCAUCUUAUUUACGCGCAAGUCUUCCGACACAAGUACUACGUAGCAACAGAUCAAAGCGGAACUCCAAUUAUGAUUUUCAACCAAUACGGCGAAGGAAUCCGAGAAAUUAUGCGAUCUCCAUAUGGGCAUAUUGUUUACGACUCAAACCCAUAUCUCUAUUUGCCGAUUGAUUUCUGUGGAGGUAUUUUAGAUCAAGUAACAUCUCUCGUGCACAUGCCAAACGGUAAAGUUUAUGAUCCUCUCAUCGGGCAAUGGAUGUCUCCUAAUUGGGAAGACGUUGUCGCACGCGUUUCAGAACCAACGAAAUUGCAUCUUUAUCGCUUUAAUGGCAAUGAUCCCAUCAACAUCGAUCAUGAUCGAAAUCCUCCAAUCGACAAUUUUGCUUGGCUUAAACUUAUGGGAUAUCGCGCCGAAAGUCUUAUGCCUCAAACAAAACAAAAUCUGUGGAAUUUACCAUCGCCAUGGAGCAAAAAUACGGAAUUUACGAGCACACCAAAGCCAGGGCGCAUUUACGAUAAAACGCAUUUGGGAGUUGCUUCAGGAUUUUUGGCACAUCUCACAUCAAGGCGAAUUUCAAGUGUCUCGCAACUUUCAGGUCCGCCUAAAUCUGCAUUGAAAUCAAAUGCCAUAAAAGUUGGUCCCUUCAAGUUGGGAGCUGAAACAGAACCUCCCUUUGGUCGAGGAAUUCUUGUUUCACGUACACUCGAAGGACAAGCAAUUGUCUCAAGUGUUCCUGCGGCAAAUGCCAUUUAUCGCGAUGUUUAUACGUCGGUGUUUAAUCGCACACAUUUGUUGCCCUUUAGUUUUGUCGUUCAUAAUUCUCAACAAGAUGCUUUCUAUUUCGUGAAAGAUGACACAUGGCGCGCAAGCGAAGAUCGUCAACAACUCAAACGACUUCAAGGUCAAGUAAAUACGACUUUCCACGAAAUUACGAAGGAAAAUGGAAGCAACGGAAAAUAUUUGGAUGUCAAGAUACAUGGUAUUCACGCAGUAAUUAACUUACGCUAUGGAACGACGCCAGAAAAGGAAAAAAGCCGUUUGAUGCAUCAUGCAAAACUCACUGCUGUACGAAAAGCGUGGCAUCGUGAAAAGGAACUCUUACACUUUGGCUUACUCACAUCCAUGGAUUGGAAUCAAAAUGAAAUCGAUGAAAUCAUCAAGCAAGGAUACGCGAAUCAAUUUGAAGGUGAGUAUAUUCACGAUGUCAACACGUAUCCAGAACUCGCAGAUGAUCCAUACAACAUUCGAUUUGUGAAGAAGAAAUCUGGUAGUACAAAGCGCAAAAAGAGAAAAACCGAUGAUGACUGUCUCGAAGGAAGAUCUUGCUAAGAAAGUAUUUUAUUUGAUAAACAUAAUAAAUAAAAAAAGGUGAUAAAAAUAAAGAGAAAAAAAACUCGAAUCGAUCAUAAAUCGUAUAUUUUUAUGCAAAUCUUACGGAUUUUGCCAAUAUAUAUUUAACAAAAAUAAAUAAUAAUAUAAAUGUUAACUCAUUAUUACUAAAUAAUAAUUAAAUUUAUACACGAAGAUAUGAGGUGAUUCGAGCUUUUUGAGACUGGCAUAUGUAAAUUAUAUAAAAAAUGAGCACGAAUUAUUUAUUUAAAUAAAAAAAUAAUUGUAAAAUAAAUGCUAAAAUUAGAAAUCAUUAUUUGUAAUUUUAUUUAGAUAUUUGCUAAUAACAAGUUGAAUAAUAAAUAAUUAAAUAAAUUUACAAAUAAUAAAACUGCAGAAAAAAAUACAGCGGAAUUUAGA